GAGCAUUCUAGAAAAUCAUUUGCUCUAUAAAUAAUUGCCUACACUUGCACUGGUUUUGUCAUCACAUCACAUAGUUGAUCUUUAAUCUUCUUCUUAGCAAAGAAAUGGCAGCCAUGAAAGUCCGUGGAAAUGCGUUCUCCACAGCCACUAUGAGAGUUCUUGCUUGUCUCCGCGAGAAGGGGCUUGAGUUCCAAUUUGUUCCUGUUGAUAUGUCAACUGGAGAACAAAAAAAGGAGCCUCACCUUUCUUUUCAUCCAUUUGGUCAAGUUCCAGUCUUUGAACAUGGAGAUUUGAAGCUCUUUGAAUCAAGAGCGAUCACAAAAUACAUAGCUCAUGAGUACGCUGACAAGGGAACCCAACUGGAAUGCCAAGGCGCGGCGAUGCCGAUUGGGCUGCAGUGGAUGGAGGUGGAGGCACAGCAGUUCGAAUCGCCGGCUUCGAAGCUUGUUUGGGAGCUGGCCGUAAAGCCCAUGUAUGGCAUCCCUGUGGACGAAGCCGCGGUGGAGGAGAACACAGCCAAGCUAGCCAAGGUUCUCGAUGUCUACGAGUCAAGAUUGGUUGAAUCCAAGUACUUGGCCUGUGACAGCUUCACCUUGGCUGAUAUGCAUCACCUCCCCAAUAUUGACUUCUUGAUGGGCACAAAAGCUAAGGCCUUGUUUGAUUCAAGGCCUCAUGUUAGCGCAUGGGUUGCCCAUAUCACGGCCAGGCCGGCUUGGGUUAAGGCCCUUACAAUAAGAAACAAUUAGUGUGGACGGGUUCGUGGGCCUUCGUCCGUGGGUCUUGGGCCACUUGGCUUGUCUUGCUGUCUUUUACUUUGUUAUUUUGUCUUGGGAUUUUUGUCUUUCAAUAAUGGCUUGAAGGCUGGCAUUUGCUGGAGGAGCUACUUCGGCUGAAUUACAGUAUUACUACCAUCGUUUAAGUGAUGAUGAUGAAUAAAGUGGCCAGUAAAAGUGUAAAACUAUGCAAUUAUUAUUUAUUAAUAAGAGCAAGUAAUUACACA